GGAGGGCAGGGUCAGUAUGGUAACGAAUACGGAGGAGGGUAUCCACAACAACUAUAUGGCCAACAGCAACAGUAUGGUCAACCACAAUAUGGUCAGCAACAAGGUUAUGGUCAACAGCAAUAUGGGCAACAACAGAAUUAUAAUCAACAGUCAUAUGGACAACAACAACAAUAUAAUCCAAAUGUGCAACAAAAUGUAGAGAUGACUCAGGUCAAUCCGGAUAAUAUCAAUGGAUUUUUUGACGAG